AUGAUAAGGAAAUGUCAAAUUCCAAAUUCUAAAAGGAGAGAAAGUACUCAUCACAGAAUAAAAAAGAACUCUGAUUCGAGCUUUUUUAAUCUAGAAAAAAAGUAUUUAUCAACAUACAAGGCUCAGAAAUUGUUAAAAGGAAAAAUAUAUUAUGUGCAUAGUAAAAUCUCACAGCACUUACAUGGCACAACUUUAAAUAAGCCUUUUAAAAAACAUUCACAUUUUUGGAAAGCACAUAAUGGGCCAAUCAGUGGAUUGGAUUGGAAUAUACCUUCUUAUAGCCACCUUUUAGUAACUGCAGGUUUGGAUGCAGCUGUACAGAUUUGGAAUGUUUGGUCCAACCUAAAUUACAAAUUGGCAACUUUUACUCAUCAUAAGAAAGCUGUGAAAAAUGUUGAGUUGGUUAAUAGAGGAUCAAACCUAUUAUCAUGCAGCUAUGACUGUACAGCUUUAGUUACAGAUGUAGAAACCGGAAAAAUAUUGGCACUUUGUGAACAUGCAGAUUAUGUAACAGCUUGUCAUGGGCAUGUAUUAAACCCUCACCUGUUUAUUAGCGGCUCAGAGAACAUAAUCCUUAUGUGGGACAGUAGGGUCCCACAAGCUCCUGUCAACCACUUUACAUAUAAAGAUAAGUUUGGUCAGGUCCAGGAUCUGCUGUUCAUAGCUAAUGGUGAUGAAUUAGUUUCUUGUACAGAUAUUGUAUCUCGAGACUCAUCUGACAGAAGCAUUUUAAUCUGGGACACAAGAUCUAAGGCUGUUUCUUUCUAAUCAAAUUUUUCAUGAGAGGUACAGUUGUACUAGACUUAAACUUCACCCCAACAAUUUGAAUUUUCUAGCUCAGUCACAGGGAAAUUACAUUGCUAGAUUUUCAACAUUAUCACCAUACAAAAUGGACAGGUCAAGUGUUAUGGCUGUCAUAAGGUUGAUGGAUACAAUAUUGGAUUUGACAUAAGUCCUGAUGGUAGUCUAGUCUACAGUGGAAGCUCACAAGGUGGAGUCUAUUGUUAUAAUCAACACAAUGGCAGAAUUAUAUCUCAAUUGAGCCAUCAUGAUGAAGUGAUUCUUGAUGUCAUGUGUCAUCCUGUUUUACCAUCUGUAGUUGCUUGCUCUACGUGGGGUGGUGAUGUAUGCUUGUUUAAAUAAACAUUCCAUGACAAAUACU